CCUGGCACACAAGCGGCCUACACACAACACCGCUGCCUGAAAUAGAACCAAGGAAGUUUGUGUUUGGGUUUUCUGUUGUAUAAUUUUCACAUUCUGUUUCUUAACCAUUCCUCGGGAGUUUCUCAAGCGUUGGACAAAAUGAAGAAGAUUCCCGUCUUUUAUUACUGUUUGCUGGGCUUCUUUCUCCAGGCUGAGGCUUUCAGGCACAUCGGGUGCAGUGAGAUCUUCAAGUCGGACGUAUCGAUAUCCCUUUGGACAGGCCGCAGUCGAAUACGAGACCGAGUCUGGAACCGAAUCUGGAACCGCUGGUACCGGUUCCGGCGUCAGUCGAACCUACAGCGGCGGCUCCUACGACCCGGGUCUAGCUGUCGUGUACGCUCGAGGAGGGUCGAGUCGAGGUCAGGCCCGGGCCAGGACUUCCGCGGAGGAGAGGCGGAGACACGCGCUAGAGUUGAGACGGAGACUCGAACAGCGACAGCAGCAUCAGAGGGCGAGGGAGGCUGCCGAGAGUGGCAGGCAGACGGGGAGUGGCUCGGGGACUCGGUGGGCUGUGGUUGGAACCGACUCCUCAUCAUCAUCAUUGCCCUCAUCAUCAUCAUCAUCUUCAUCAUCGUCAUCCUCCUUCUCAUCAUCAUCUUCUUUGUCAGGGGGUCAAGGUAGAAAUGCUUAUGCUACAAUAAGUAAUGCCAGUAGCGGUAUUGCUAGUGGUGGUAACAGUGGUGGUGGUGGUGGUGAUGGUAGUGGUGGCAGUGGUGGCAUUUCAGGACAAGGACAGAACUCUACACAAGUGAGCACCACGACCGGAAGUGACGUAGGCGAGGGGUCGACAGACCGGCAACGACAGCAACAACUACUACGACGACAGCAACAACAACAACAACGGCGACGACAACAACAGCUACAACAACAACGGGGGCGUCAGCUGAUCACAGCGCGCACAGAAUACAUCCCGGACUCUCAAGUGACCUCCGGCGGUCGGGCGUCACACGGACAGACACACGGACAGACAAACAGACAGACAAACAGACAGACGAACAGACAGACGAACAGACAGACACAGUGGGCGCCGCGGGCAAGAACAUACGGAACGAACAACCAAGGACGUACUUACUACUCCACAUCAGGAACUUCUGUAGCGGGUCAGCAAACAGGAGGGGGGACUUCAACCAAUCAGCAGCAGCCAGGAUACGGGAUCCCAGCCAAUCAGAACCCAGGAUUCAGAGCCGGCGGCUAUUACGAGUCGGUCCCCAAUCAAAGGGCGGCAGAGGGUGGCUCGCGCACAUAUUACCGCCAGGUGGACCCGCAGCUCCGACCGAGGCCGAGACAGACCUACCCGGGGUACAGGACUCGUCUCCCGAAUCCCAACCUCGGAGGAGCUACCGGACAGAGAAGCUUCCCUUUUGACCCCAUCACCGGGGCGGGGUCGCAACACAGUGAGUGUCCAGAGACCGGCAUAGACCUGCGCAUCGACGGGCUGGACUGUCGGACCGCCGUGGAGCUACACGGGACACACCUGUGCUACACACACGAGCACACCUCCAGGCUGUGUUGCCAGGUGUGUCGGCUCAGGAAACAGCCGGCCAGGAUCG